CAUCACCAACAAAAAGGAGAAAUAAGCUACCAGAGAGAGAGAGAGAGAGAGAGAGAGAGAGAGGAAGAGUUGUGCUGAUUCCAAGUGCAAGAAGAGGGAGAGCAUCGUUAACCAUGUCAAACAUCACAGGUGAUGGAGGAAGCUUCUCAUCUGGGACCAACACAGGAGAAGAUGAGGUCCAUAAGCAACGCCGUCUCUUCUAUGGUUCACCGGCCGCCGCGGCGAACAUCGAUAUCGCUGCUUCGCAGCUGCUGCCUGUGAAGAAGAAACGCAGCCUUCCGGGAACUCCAGACCCGAACGCUGAGGUGAUCGCGCUCUCGCCGACGACGCUGAUGGCGACGAACCGAUUCGUGUGCGAGAUCUGCCACAAGGGGUUUCAGCGGGACCAGAACCUGCAGCUGCACCGCCGAGGCCACAACCUUCCAUGGAAGCUGAGGCAGCGGAGCAGCGCGGAGACGAGGAAGAGGGUGUACGUCUGCCCUGAGCCCACAUGCGUGCAUCACCACCCCACCCGCGCUCUCGGUGAUCUCACCGGCGUCAAGAAGCACUACUGCCGCAAGCACGGCGAGAAGAAGUGGAAGUGCGACAAGUGCUCCAAGAAGUACGCGGUGCAGUCGGACUGGAAGGCUCACUCCAAGACCUGUGGUAGCAGAGAGUACAAAUGUGACUGUGGUACCAUCUUCUCUAGGAGAGACAGCUUCGUCACCCACCGAGCCUUCUGCGAUGCAUUGGCUCAAGAGAACCACAAGCUUAGCCAGCCUCUGAUGGCCACCAUGGCUUCGAGCUUGCAGGGGCAUGUCCCCGGUCUCACGAUGCCCGUUCAGCUCACCGACACCGACCACCUCAUGCCGGGUUACAUGGCCGGCGGCACGCUAUCUGCCUUCUUGAACCGUCCUUCCACCUCGAACGUGAGAAGCCCGAUGGGCUUCGAUGGGCUGAUCGAGGCCCAGAUGUCCAGGCCCAUGGCUCACGUGUCCGCGACGGCGCUGCUGCAGGAGGCGGAGCAGGUCGGUGGCGGCGGCAUCGCCCAUGGCAUGAUGCAGAACGGUGGUCUGGGUUCCGUGAUGGCCCGGCCGGACAGUGCCACCGGCACGAGGCCAUGCAUCCCAUUUAAGGCCCACGAGCUGUCGUAUCAGAUGGUUGGAGUUGGCGGCGCCCGAUCGGGCGAUCAGUUCUGGGAAGCUGAUGGAUCCCUGAAGCACACCGUGGACUUCCUAGGAGUCCGGGGAGAGAGGAGGCUCCAGCUGCAGCAGCAGCAGCAGCAGUUUGGAGGAGUUGGUCAUGGUGAGAGGAUAGAGAGUCUGCAUCCACUGCAGCAGCAGAUGGGGCACGGAGGCAGUCGAGCGGAGGAUUGAUCUAUUAGAGAGACAGUGUCAUGUAUCAUCCCUCUUCUUCUUGCCAUGCAAGCUGGCUUCUCUUCUCGGCCAUGAGAUGGUAGACACAAAAGUAGCAUAGUAGUAAAGUGGCUGCUCUCUCGGUUUGAAAGAUCCAAAAAAAAAUCAGAAAUCAAAUUUUCGAUUUAACUUUGGAUCCGUUCACUUUAGUAGUAAUCAAACUUGUCUUCUGAAAGCACUGAAAGUUAAGAGGAAAAAAGAAACAUUAUUUUUAUUU